AUGGCGGGCGGUGCAGUGAUGGCGCCUGGUGCGUCGAAGGCUUACCCCGGGAAGAUGACUCUCUACGUCUUCGUCACCUGCCUCGUGGCCUCCUCUGGUGGCCUCAUCUUUGGUUACGAUAUUGGAAUCUCCGGGGGGAUCACGUCGAUGGAUACGUUCCUGCAGAAAUUCUUCCCCAAGGUGUACUAUAAGGAGAAGCAUACACUGAGCAGGAACCAGUACUGCGAGUUCGACAGCCAGCUCCUGACGACCUUCACGUCUUCGCUCUACCUGGCCGCGUUGGUCGCCUCCUUCUUCGCCUCCGCCGUAACGAGGGCCUUCGGAAGAAGGAUCUCCAUGUUGGGCGGAGGAAUCAUCUUCCUUGGUGGCGCCGCAAUCAAUGGCGGCGCUAAGGACGUGGCUAUGCUUAUCAUAGGUCGCAUCCUUCUUGGUAUUGGCGUUGGAUUCGCCAGCCAGUCCGUUCCGCUCUACCUCUCGGAGAUGGCUCCGGCAAAGCUCCGCGGCAUGCUCAACAUUGCCUUCCAGCUUAUGAUCACCAUUGGCAUCUUCAUCGCCAACGUGGUGAACUAUGCCACCAACAAGAUCGAGGGCGGGUGGGGUUGGCGCCUCGGCCUGGGUCUUGCCGCCGUACCAGCCAUCAUCAUCACCGUCGGCUCCCUCUUCCUCCCCGAUACCCCCAACUCGCUGAUCGAGCGUGGCCACAACGAGCAAGCCAUGUCCAUGCUUCGAAAGAUCCGUGGAACCGAUGACAUCAAAGCCGAGUACGACGACCUCGUCGCGGCCAGCGAAGACUCCCAACUCGUCAAGCAUCCAUGGAGCACCCUGUUGCAGAGAAAAUACAGGCCGCAGCUGUGCAUGUCCUUAUUAAUCCCCACCUUCCAGCAGCUCACUGGCAUCAACGUCGUCAUGUUCUACGCUCCCGUCUUGUUCAAGACCCUCGGUUUCGGCGACGACGCCUCCUUGAUGUCCGCCGUCAUCACGGGAUUGGUCAACGUCGUUGCCACUUUCGUUUCGAUCAUCACCGUUGACAAAGUUGGCCGCCGUGCUCUCUUUCUCCAGGGUGGUGUUCAGAUGGUUAUCUCUCAGAUCCUUGUGGGCACUUUGAUCGGGAUCAAGUUCGGCGCAAACGGGCAGGGAGAGAUAACGAAGACGUACGCCGUCUUGGUGGUUGUCUGCAUCUGCGUCUUCGUCACAGCCUUCGCCUGGUCUUGGGGUCCCCUGGGAUGGCUGGUGCCCAGCGAGAUCUUCCCGCUGGAGAUCAGAUCAGCCGCGCAAAGUAUCAAUGUGUCGGUGAACAUGUUGUUCACCUUCGUGGUGGCCCAGAUCUUCCUGCCAUUGCUCUGCCACCUCAAGUUUGGGCUCUUCUACUUCUUUGCUGCAUGGGAGGUGGCCAUGACCAUCUUCAUCGCCUUGUUCCUUCCCGAGACCAAGAACAUGCCGAUCGAAGAGAUGAGUCUGGUGUGGAAGGAGCAUUGGUUCUGGUCCAGAUUCGUCAACAAUGAUACCGACAUGGAGGCGGCACGAAGAAACCGAGGGUAAUCCAUCCAUCAAUCCAUCCAGCCAUGUUCGCAUCAGUCUUUGCUUUUGAGUCAACAGCGUUCUUAGGGUUUGCAGUCCGGUUUAGUUAAGUCAUCGUCCGCCGAAAUAACUUGUAUCUAGUGGAGAUUU